AGGCUGUACAGGAUCAAUUGGAAAGUCUACCGUGUAAAGCACACAUGCAGUAAGCGUACGGUAACCAACACAGCAUCGUCAUCAUCAGCAAUAACAGUGGGAGUCUGCCGUUUGGCAACUUUUUAAAGAUAUUAAGGUAGUUUAUGGCAUUUCAGGGGAAUACAGUAACUCUACGUAGCUCUUAAGUGUUUCCCAUGCACUGUAAACCUCGCGGAUGUGCCUAGAGCCUCCCGCGCCCCGCCAGCUGAGCCAGGCCGCCGCGGGGAGCCACGAGAGGGCCAGGAAAAUGAAAGAAAAUAGAAAAGCAAAGUCAGUGGAAGCAAAGUGUACAGACAAACAGAGCUCAGUGCAGGGUGAAGUAUAUAAGUGUUCACAGUGAAGUAACUAAGAGUGCGUAGUGAAGUAUAUAAGUGUAAAGAAGUACGAAAGAGGACCUAAGAAGCGAUACAAUACGGAACAGCUCUAAAGAAGGAUAGCGGCCCGCCCCUCACGCCACAUGCACCCUGCCCACUACAGCAGCCUUGCCCAGCGGUACUGUAAAAGAUGACUUAUUUAGGUGAGCUGGUCCUUAUCAAGGAGGAAGAUAUGCAGAUUAAAGAAGAGGAGCUGGAAGUAAAUCAUGAAGCUAUACUUUUUGAUGAUGUGGAGGGGGUGUUCAGCCAAGGAGAAAAAAGGUCCCUUUCUCCCUCCUCUUCUGAGGUCCUUCAAGAAUCCAAGAAACAGUUAUCGGGUGUAGAGAAAAAUGAAUUAGAGGAUCGGCAAACUAUGGUUCACCUUAAUUCUAGCAAGGCUGGAAGUACACAUCCAACUCGGCACACUCAAAUCAAUGAAAGUUCCUUAAGUGAGGAAAGCAUUAAUAAUUUAAGGAGCACCCAGAAAUUGACCACCCAGACCCGAAAAAUGGUUAUGAAGGUUCAUGAUUACUUCCGGAGCCGAAAUCAGCUACUAAGUGAAACUGAUCUUCAAAUCAAGGUAGCGGCAGCCACUGGGGUAGCAGUGCGCACAGUGCAACGUGUGAAAAAGGAGUUUAAAGAGGGCUGGACUGAAUCACCACCUCCUGCUAAGAUGAGAUGGGCUCCAGUGUUGGGUAGUUUAAAUGAUUUUGAUGAAGGUUGUGUUAGAAGAGAAAUUCUUUCCUUUUAUGAAAGAGGUGAAAUUCCUACAUUAAGCACCUUACUUGAAAUGGUUAAAGAACCCCCUAUUAACUUUCCAGGAGGUAGAAGCUCCCUUAACAAUCUUAUUAGAAAAAUUGGUUUUCAGUACAAGAAGAUGGAAGGUGGGAGACAAAUACUGAUGGAAAGAGAGGAUAUUGUAGCAACUCGUUGUAAAUAUUUAAGAAUACUCAAUAACAACAGAAAUAUCAGUAACCCUCGCCCAGAAGUGUAUGUAGGUGAGACUUAUGUGAGUCAGAAAGAGUUGUUGGGUACCGUUGGACCAAAAUCAAAAACAGAAAAAGGAGCACAGUUUGUUGUUGUGCAUGCAGGAGGAAAAAAGGGUUUUGUGCCAGGAGGCUUGUUAAUUUUCAAACCUAAGACUGGCAGUAAUGCACGGUAUCACAAUGCUACAAGUCCUGAAUGUUUCCGAACUUGGUUAGAGAACCAGCUACUACCAAAUAUUUCAAACAAUUCAUUGAUUAUAGUGAACAAUUCACCAGGUCAUUCAAAACUGGGAGUCCAAGUCCCAAACAGAAGUAUGAAAAAAUCAGAUAUUAUUCAUUGGCUAGUGGAAAAUAAUAUUGCCCAUGACUCAUCCAUUUCCAAAUCAGAACUCCUAUAUUUGGCUUACUCUAACAAAGAUAAAUAUGCAUAUGAAAUUGAUCAAAUAGCUCAUGGCAAAGGCCAUGAAGUAUUGAGACUUCCACCUUAUCAUGAUCAUUUGAACCCAAUAGCACUUAUUUGGGAUAAUGUAAAAUCAGAGAUAAAGAGGGAAUUUUCAAAUGCUGAUAAAACAUCGCAAAAAUUUAAAAAUCUUAUAACAGAUGCACUUGCUAAAGUAUCUACAGAAGACUGGAGGACACAUAUGGAAAUGAUUACACAAAUAGAAGAGGAGUACAGGAAUAAAGAUGAUGCAGUGGAUCAUCUCCUGGAAACCUUAACCAUCAGCCUGGAUGAAGCCACUACUGAUGAAGAGGAUUAAAUAGCAUGGUUUGUGAGGAAGAAGGUUCUUUGUACAAGAAUUACUUGAUUGCUUAAGGGGGCCAGCCAUUUUUUACCUUUUUUUUCUUUAUUCAAUGGGUUAGUGUCAUGAUUUAUAUACCAGACAUAAAGGACACCCUAUGUAUAAGAUUUAGCCCAUAAAAAGCAAUCUAUCACCUUUCCAUUUUCUACCAAUGACCAUUUUUGGAAAAUUUGAAGUUUUUUUGGAAAAGACUAUUUUUACUAUAAUAAUUGCUCUACAUGGGAACAAUUAUUAUAGUACAAUUUUUAGGCCAACGAAAGUUUAGCAAAAUAUUGUAUCAAUAAUCAUUAGUUUGUGGAAUAUAAAUUUUCAAACUUUCAUGGUCAUAAUUUCCCCCUAAAAAUUCAGACAUAAAUACACCAUGAUUCAGUCACAUCAUAUACGAGAAAAAACUCGCUAUAGUUUGAUUCUUACAAGUCUAGGCAUAGUUUUGGUGUUGGUUUCAUCAAAAUUGGUUGAAAAGUGAUGCAGAAAUUGAAGUGCAAAGGUACAUAACUUACAUUUUGAGAUGCGGCCAGGUAAAGUUUUAAAUACGUAACAUUCAAACAUAACGAUGUGAUAUCAUGGCAUUUAUCCUUUCAUUAACUUGUAAUGAUAUAUAAAAAGAUAUAUCUUCAUGUUCAGUCAUAUAUUUUGAUGUCCAGGCAUAAAAUAUUGUCUAUAAGGCUCCUGGUCCCCCCCCCAACUGCCUCAGCCUGAGGUGGGGUGUCAUAGCUCCCAAGCUACUCAUUGUUCCCAGGUUUGUUUCAGAAUGCUUAUGGAAAAUAUGUCACCUCUUUCUUCUUCUCUUUGAUGUUCUUGGAUCUCUUCUUCCUCAUGCUUUUCCUUUUAAUAUCUUUUUCUUGAAUUUUGGGUGAGUAGUUGAUGUUGCAAAAAAUUUUCUUUGUUGUAUCCAAAAUUAUGGUGAAGGAUGAUGAUUUGGGAAACAAAUUGGACUCUUGAUGCUCUAGCAAACUUGACUUUUUGACAUCUCUUCCAGAUCUUUGAAUGGAAGCUUUCAUUCAUGUUCUGAGUGAGCCCCCGAACGCAUUGCUUUGAUGCAUGGGGGGUUCAUUAUACGCCCAUAAGAAAAAAAGUAAUACGAAUUUUAAUGAAAACUUCAUAAUUAGAUUCUCAAAGGGCAUACGCAUCUGAGGAUUCUUUUUUCAAUUUUUCAUUUUUGAUGGAUUUUCUUAAUUUUUCGCCUGAACGGCCCCCUUAAAUGUAUGAAUGAAGAGGAUUCUUUAAGCAUUUCUUGUGUUAAUUAUGUUCCUGCCAAGUACAAACCUUACACCCAUGUGGCUGGGGACAGUAAUGAUGCUCAAGAGUUUUGUAUCUUCACAUCUCUGAAUUAUGAACGUCUACCUAACAAAUUAUUCCCAUCUUAAUUAUUCCUUGUGUUCAUGUAGCAGUGUCUAUCAUAUACUAUGUAUAUGGCAAGUAGUUGCAAUUAUGGAGUGAUGUAUUUGAGUGCACGAGAGAGAGAGAGAGAGAGAGAGAGAGAGAGAGAGAGAGAGAGAGAGAUAAUGCAAUGUUUUGUGCUGCAAUAAUAUGAGUUUGUUCAUGCAGUUAUUUGGUAGAUGGCAAGUCCAGACAAAUGCAUGAAAUAAAAAAAAAUUCAUCUAAAUUUCAUGUAUAUUGCUAGAGUAAGCCAGCAAAAAUCACAUGGGUGUGAGCAUAUGAAUAUUUAUUUAAAGAAAAAAAGAUUUCCUCAUAAUUAUAUUUGAAUGGUGGAACUUUUUUUGUCCCUUGUAAAUGGUCAUAUUUGAAUAUGUGUUAUUUCUGCAUAUGUACUAAAAUUAUUUUGCACUAUAUGUAUUAUGUGUAUGAAAAUUUUCAAUACAUAUCACAAUUAUUCAAUAUUGCUGUAGUUUUGAUUUUGUUCAAUCAGCAUGUCUAAUGUAAAUGGACAGUGAUUCUAUGGGGAUCAUCUAAAGACUAGCCACCACACUCAGACUCAACUGAAAUAAAGUUAUCUUCGUCAUACUCAGCUGAAGAAUAGCCAUACUGCAAGAGCAAAUAUCAAAUCAAUCAAAUCAUCUAAAGAUUAGCCACCACACUCAGACUCAACUGAAGUAAAGUUAUCUUCAUCAUACUCAGCUGAAGAACAGCCACACUGCAAGAGGAAAUAUUUAUAUAAAAAAAUUAGUCUUUGAUAUUUUUGAACUACAAAUUAGUCAAUUACAUACAAGCUAUUACAGUGGGCAGUGGAGCUAUGUCACAAAAAUGCAUCUUUAAUAAAAAUACAAAUAUAA